AUGAUCUACCGCUUCGUGGCCACCGUCUUGAUCUUGGCGGCGAACGGUGAGUUGUCCCGUGCUCGUUUCCGAAUGUACUUUGUCCUGUUUCAGCCAACUGCCAGUACUUUGAAUGGCCGCAGCAACAGGCUCCACAGUACAAUUAUAAUGGCUUCCAACAGUUCCAACAGCAGCCAUUCCAACAGCAAGCUUAUCAGCAAUUUGCUCCUCAGCAACCACAGCAGCAGCAGUUCCAGCCACAGUACCAGCCUCAGCAGCAAUUUUAUCAACCACAGCAACAACAAUACCAGCAGCAGCCACCACAAGUGCAGUAUCAGCCACCACAACAGCAGCAAUCUCCACCUCCACCUCCACCAAUCUAUUCUCAAACCGUUAUUAUUCCACAAGCACCACCGCCUCCACCAGAGGCCUACCAGACACAGCAGUACGCACCAUCUCAGCAGAGUCCGGUGAUGGUCCAGCCGGCCGACAUCCCGCGCUACCACCAGAAGCCGCCGCCAGUUCCAGAUGUUGCCUUCCAGCACGUGGACAGAGCCAGAAGUGUGCAGCAGGUCGACUUUGAGAACAAACUGUUCCGUGAGCAGCCGAACGCUUUCACCCAGAAUCAAGAGAAGGUGAGUCCAAUCGGCGCCGUCUCUCCUUUCCCCGUCCCAUUCUGAGUUUCUCGCACUGUUCCGUUGGUGGAAACUCAAUCGUCCACACCUUUGUUCUCCUCCUGUUUUGACUGAUUUGACUCGCCACGUUGCAGAUCACUCUGCUCGCGCAGCCACCUCCACCUCCGGCACCUCCAGCACAGACUCAGGCACCUCUCGUACGUGCCGUCCUUUCCUUUCUCCUCCUUUAUUCUCACUCACUCGUGUCUCCGUCCACUCUCAUCCGUUUCAGAUUCGUGUCCCUCCACCGCCGUCCCGCUUCGUUCCUUCCCUCAAAUCGCUCUACAACGUCGACGCUCCCCAGCAGAAGGUCUCGAUAACCGUUUCUUCCGUUCCGUCGUAACAAUCGUUAACAUUCUCCAGAAUCCGUCGUACAGACCUGACGAGAUUAUUGUCGACGGCCAUCGUUCCGCCUAUUUUGAGGAUACCCAGAGAACUCGCCCGCAGGUAUCCUUCUUCUUUUCCCGUCCUUUUCUCGUCCUUGUUCUCUGUUCAAAUCCUCCUCUAAUCUAUUCAGUUCAUUCCCACUUUCAGAGCUCCAAAGUCCGUGUUCAGGGCGGAAAUGUGCACUCGAGCUCGGCCGCGGUGCCCCGUCCGUCUCAGCAGAUCGGACAGGUCGCUGCCGUUGUCGCCGCUCCACAACAGCAAUCUUUCGUGAAGCCAGGAGAGCAACCGCAGCAACCACGUAUCAUCCGUCCUCAGGCUCCUCAACAGCAGUUGAUUCGUCCUGCUCUGGUCCGUCAGCAGAUUCGUCGUCCGGUUCAACAGCCACAACAAGGUAGGAUCUGAGGUUUCUGGCUCCGCUCAUUCCCUUCCUUUCCAGUCACCCGCCCGGCUUCAUCUCGUCCAGUUGCUCAGCCAAAGAGCCAUUUGGUUGCUCCAGUCGCCGCUCCAGCAUCCGCCACUCCAAAACCAAGAGUGAUUACCAUUCCGAGUGCUUCUUUUCCAUGCGAAUUAUGUUUAGAAUGCCAGUGAAAAGUUCCUCAACUGUUGCAAAGGACGCAAAGUGAACAAGUCGUGCGAGCGCAUCUGCAGUUUCGACGUCCUCUCCAAGAAGACCGUUUGUCCACGUUCGGUCCUUUUCCGUUAUUUGCCUCCGUUUUCAGUUGACCGGAAUGUUCCUGGGAACAGAUCCGUGCCCGCAGCACCACGGUCUCGAUCUGAUGCAGUGCGCGGCGGACAGCGAUGAUCACACCGAGUGCUGCAUCGAAAAAGAGGUCGACAGAACUUCCGCGGGCAAGAAAUGCCUCGGAUUCUGUAACAUGAAGCCGGGAAUCACCUUCCAGGUAUAUCGUUCCAGUGAUCAGCUUCAUCUCUGAAUGAAACCUUUUAGGCUGAUGUUUCGAUGCUUCCGUGCUGGUCAGUUCUCAACGACAUCAAGCAGUGCUUCAAGGAAAAUCUUGAACGUCAGCUCGCCGCCUUCUAA